AUGACGAGAACGAGUCACGAGCUCUGCAAUCCUUAUCGAGGGGUGGAAUUUCUAAGUGAUCGGACUCUCAAGAGAUUUUUUAAAAGAUCCGACGUUGAAAUCGAUUCUGGCAAAGGCUCGAGUCUUCAUAGGAGUGGGCCCAAUCCAUUUACAAUAAAUAACUCCCGAAGCUUUAACAGUCUUCCACCUUCUCCCGCCGUACAAAGAAGCCGACAAGAGGAAGUUUUAGACAUGAGCCUUUUCGACCACGACGAAUCGUCCAAUGAGAACGAAGAGACUCUCGACCAAUCAGAGGAAAAGAAACCAGAAGUGAAGAAGAACUUCACAUAUUUCUUCCGGCAUCCAUACUCCCGCAUUGCUACUUCAUACUUAGUGGUAUUUUGUAACUUCCUAAUCUUUGCUGAGGACCCAGUCUCUCAUAGUUACACGGACUGUAUCAUUGACAUUAUUGGCAAUAUGUACGGGUUUGUAUUUUCAAGGUAUCCCCCUGAUUUGGGAUUCGUUGCUCUCAAAGUCUUCAUGUAUUUAUUCGCCGCAGGACUGGGCAUAUUCGUAGGCAAAUACUUCAUUCACAAAUUCCUCCUUUGUCGUGUUCUCAAGCUGCGCAUGUUCACUGAGGAGGGCCAAGGAUCUUGGAUGGUAAUGUUUCUCACCGUACUGAUGUUUCUGUUUAUCGUAAGCUUCAUAUACAACGAGUUUUUGCUUCUGGGCGGAGCACACUUCGCACCCUAUGUCUGCAGUAAUAACUUGGGAAUCGAGAACCAGACGUUUAUGAAAAUGGCUGCUAUUGGCACGUGGCUUGGUGACUUCAUCACCGCCUGGAUGGUUACAGACAUGAUGUUACAGGAAGAACAGUACCCAAACUGGAGUCCACGCCUCAGAGCGUUUUGGAGACGCGGUCGUAACAGAGUGUAUGCGUUCUGGUUUAUUGCGUGCGCCAUGAGUGUCGUGGUAGCCACUGCCAUCACAACUGACUAUGUCAAUUGGGAUGAAAUAAGCAGAGAUUUUAUGCCGACUAAUGAGCUCUCCAGAGCCUUUUUGGCCUCCUUUAUCCUUGUCAUGGAUCUCAUGAUUGUUAUGCAGGACUGGGAUUUCCCUUACUUUGACGGAGGUAUGGAAAUAAAACUCCCGGGUCUCAACACAGGGAACUUUCAUUUCCAUCUUCCCGGGGGAGAUAUUCACAUCACAGGGAAAUGGUUCAACUACGGCAUCAUAUUCAUUGUUAUGAUUCUGGAUCUAAAUAUGUGGAAGAACCAGAUCUUUUACGAGCCAUUUGUUUACGGUCAGUACACUGAUGAUGAGGAUUACAUUUAUACCGUUUCCGAUAGAGAUUUCCUAGCCAAUGCUACUGCGGAAACACUGAGUUACGCUUGGCGUUGGUCACACAAUAAUCCACUGACAAACAAGACCUACGGCUUGGAGGAUCAAAAAAUGAACUCGAGAUACAUAGGAUAUGCUCUUAGCGCAAAAGGUACAGCGUUUAUCCCGUCUCUAUUCGCAUUUGCCAUGUUUGGAAUCCUUGUGAAGUAUUUUUCCAAAGGUGGACCUCCGCCGAAAGUGGCGCCUUCUGUCGAAAACGACACCACGGACGCCGCCGUCGAAGAGCGAAACAUAAACGGUGGAAUUACAAAUGAUGCAGAACUCACUUCAUCAAUGCCACAAAUUAGAGAAAGUCGUCAGUCAGUGGCAAGUUCCGAAAGCGUGUUUGAUGCCAAUAAAACCAAAAAUAUCGGCUCCUUCUUGAGCGUCGAUAGCUCACGUCAUGGUCUAAAUGCGCGACGUGAUGACCUUCACAGUUCACGCGAUAACUUGGAGAGUUCACGAGAUUUUCUGAAUAGUUCACGUGAAAACUUGAGCAGUUCGGCCGAUAACUUGGAAAGUUCACGUGAUGAUCUCCACAGUGCACGUGAUGAUCCCGAAAGCUCUCGUGACGACCUCAGAAGCUCUGUUGAAAAUCUCGCAAUUUCACCGAAGGGCGUGGUGUCUGGCACCUCGUCUCGACCAGCCUGGUCAUUCGACUCUCCGCCAAAAACGACUGCAAGCAAGAAGGGAACUAAACGCAGUGGCAGUUCUGACAUAGAAAAAACGAUUCAAAAUCCUCAGUGCUCUAAUGACGACCAAGAUAAAGAGAAUAUGGUGCAAAACUUUGUACAGCAGCUGUCCUUUUUGAACCUCGAAGGUGAAGACAAUCAAGCCACUAGUAAAGAUAAGGACUCAUCACCCGAAGAAAAUAAUCUUGCAGUGAAGAGCAAGGACGACAGAGCUUUGUCAUUUGGUGAGUUGUUUCGCCGAGAUCCUACCAGGUCAUCCAUGUCCCAACUCUCUGCUACUUCGUCUGAUGACGAAGACAGACAUGUAGACUCAAACACGGACGUCAAAAUAACGAACAAUUCUCUUCAAAUACCACGUAAAAAGUGAAUGAACCGAAACCUUAAAAGUAAUUUCUGAGGUUGUUAAGACAUAGUAAAAAGUAGAUGAAGUAACUGCGUUGUAAUUUUAGGUUAUAAAAGUUUAUGGUCGUGUAUUGUUUAAGAAAGCAAGUUUCGUGUCUGCUUAGUGUCUAUUCAAUAAUUUGCCUCCAAAAGACAAUCAUUGGUGAAAGGACAAAAACUUGUACUCCAUAUGCCUAAAGACCCACGACAGUAUCAAUAACUUUUCAUCACGUGUAAAUUAAACACCUUACAAAGGAACUUGAUAAUCAUCAGCAUGAUAGAAGAAACUGCAAUAAAUUAAAAACAGUUAGCUUGGCUUCAUAAAUGCCCACAUCAGCCAGGUUAGCCUAACCACCGAGGUCACCACACAAAGUAGCUAUCACUGAGAUGCCUUUUUAGGACGCAACUUUGACGAAUAAACCAAAAGAAAAAUACUUACGAGUCUACGGCUAGAUGUUGGCGCCUUUAGUGCAUUACUGCCUCCACAUCAACUAACAGCAGAAAAACCAACGGCAUCUCAGAAAUAAGUUUUUUGCUCUCUCAGUAAUGCACCCGACAACCAAAAUGCAAGUCUUUUUUUUUAAUCAUUUUUUAUUUUCUUUUUGGAAUAUAGAGAAAUUUUGAAUUUAUUCAAAAUCAAAUGCGACUGCGUUUUACGCGCGUUUCGCUGGGAAGGGAUAACUCAAUUUUGGCUAAAAGCUGCUCGAAACUUACUUACAUGUACUAACAGAUAAAGGGGGUAAGUUUUUAGAGUAACCGUAUAGGGUUUCUUCGAUGGGGAGUAUAACAUGAUAAUUUGGCUUUAUCUG